GUAGCACUUCAUUAUAACGAUGAUUAUCCGGUUAAUGCUAAGUACAGAGUAAUAUCAUCGAGUUACAUUACGUAUUUUCAAAUAACAGGCACUAGUAUCGAGGAUUCCGAAGAGGUACAAAUGUUGCCGGUGGAUCAGAGGGAAUGUGUCUACGAACACGAAGUUAAACUUAAAUAUUUUAAUGGGUACUCCGAUAACAAUUGUCUAACGGAGUGCGAAAUUAAUGAAUACAUUGCACAAUGCGAACCGUUGUGCGGUCUGGAACACUUAAAAGAAAACAUGACACUGUCAGAGAUUACAAUGAUAAACAUUUAUUUUAGUAAUGACGUCUUCACAAUUCUGCAAAGAGACAUUGUCACAGGAAGCAUCUAUUUAAUGUCAUCACUUGGUGGAACGUUCAGUUUGUUCCUGGGAUGCAGUUUCACCAGCGCUUUUGAAAUACUUUAUUAUUUAAGUAUCAGGUUUUUAAUCAAUUUGAAAGUCUUCAAGAAAAUUGAGAAUACUGGAAGACAGACCAAAACCAGAAGAAUUGUGUGCAUCCCUCUGGACAAAACCAAGAAACAUAUUUACUAUGAUAAUCACAUAUUCUAUAAUUAA